UGAAUUUAUGCUGUGACGAUUGUGGAUUGUGCUUACAUUUACACCAUAUGCACCUACUAGAUAUCCGAAGUCGUUAACUAAUGAUGGCAACGAGUUAUACGCAAAGACCUAGUCUUCAAAGUAAUUCUAGUGAGCAGAAUCGCUUCAUGGACAAAUUAAUGUGGAAAAUAUUUAGCUUCUACGACGAACAGUCUCUAAUCGAUGUGACAUUUAAAGUUUCGAACCCAACGGCUCUUAUUCCUGCGCAUCGCUUGAUACUCGCAGCAGCGAGUCCAUACUUCGAGAACCUUUUCAAUGGCGAUCAAGGCAACUAUCCUAUUAUCGAGAUAACUGAUAUCGAUAGCGAUAUUUUUGAGCGACUAAUAACCUUUUGUUACACUGGUCAGACGCUCUUUACCGUUUCCAAUGUCAGUGCUAUGCUGAAGGCAGCAAUAGUUUUGAAAUUGGACGAUGUCAUAACCUCUUGCGUGGACUACCUCAUAGCACACAUUAAUAAAUUCACUUUGCAGGCUGCUUAUGCGCUGGAGCGUGAAUCGCGAUGUGAACAUCUUAUGCAGAAAAUCAUCGAAUAUGAAACACAGAAUUUCGUGGAGAUAAGCAAAAGCGAUGAGUUUCUGAAUUUUGAUUUUGAAAAAAUGCAACGUAUUCUGGAAUCUGUAAAUUUGAAUAUAACUCGUGAGGAAGAUGCUUUCGAUGCCAUAAACCGUUGGUUCAAUUACAACGUUCCUGCGCGCCAAGAACAACUGCCACUUUUAAUAGCUUGUCUCCGGCUUACCCAAUUCGAUGCGGACUUUCUGUUGACACACAUACAACCUCUACCUGGUUGUGAACUGCUGGCCUUCAAGGCGAUAUCGUGGAUCAGAGAGCCUGCAGCACGGACAAAGAUAAAUAUGCGAUUUACAAGACCACGUGGGAUUAGUGCUGCAAAUUGUGGUGAGAAAACAUUGCUGGCGGUUUGCGGGAAUGAGAUUUAUCCCAAGCUGCUACAAUAUAGCAAAGCUGAGGAUAAGUGGCAGGAAUAUGCGAGUAUAAGCUGGAAUAUUCGAAAUAAGACAUGGCGAAAUUUGGCCGCCAUGAACCAAAAAAGAUUCAGACACUGCGUUGUCGAAUUGGAUGGAAAAAUCUACGCGAUUGGUGGUCUUGAUAUUGGAAAGACUCUAUCGUCAGUGGAAAGAUAUACGACUUCUGAUGGUUGGCAGUUCGUAAACGGCUUGAUUGUUGGACGAUAUGACCCAUGUGCAGUGACUUUGAAUGGCAAAAUCUACAUAAUGAGCGGAAUAAAUGGCGACAAUGACUAUAUAAAAUCCGUCGAAUGCUACAACCCAGUUUCGAAUGCCUGGACUUCUUGCGCGGACAUGAUAGAACGUCACACUUUUUCUGUUGCAGCUGCACAUAAAGGUCACGUUUAUGUUUUAGGCAGUUACGGUGAUAACAGAACUGUUGAACGUUACGAUCCUCAGCAGGACACAUGGUCUAAGAUUUGUUCUUUGGAGAGGUGGUUCAUAUCGUGCGUGUCGCUAGACAAUAAACUAUGGGCUAUUACUGGUGACUUCCUUUCUGGCAUGACAUGUGUAUCAGUCUAUGACGAGGAAAAUGACCGUUGGGAACAGAAGUUCGCAUUGCCCGAACGAAAUAUUCAUUCCUUAUUUGUUGUACCUGAAGCCUUACUGAAGUCGAAUGAGUAA